AUGGGUCGUGCGACUCGCUUCAAUGGCAAUGUUCAAGAGCCAAUCUCUCAAGAGAGCAUCUUUGCGAACAACGUCGCCAAAGCAAUAGCCAAAAGUUCCAAAAGUUCUGGACUAUCCAGUCCAGAUUAUCCCGAUUUCCUACAAGGCUCCGACUCUGACAGAAGUGACGAUGAUGUGGUUGAUUAUCCAUACCAGCCUGGCGGAGAGGAUGGUACUAGUGCCAGUGUGACAACGCGUACGAACCCUUCUGCUGAGGAAGACCCUGGCCCGUCGGUCCGAGUCCGUACGGCCGCAGAACUCGAUGCCGUCAUCAAAGCACAAGUCGAGGACAACACUACCGGAUUGCCCCUUUUGCGCAAUUUCCUAACGGCGUUCGAACAGAAAAUCCGCGAUUUACACCCGGAGCGGACCGAACUGGAUUGGAGAGAAGGUGUACGUAGGCCACUGAGGUCCGCGGUCGCUCGGCGUGCAGCACAUGGACAGCUGUGUGGUGUCGAAGCUCCAGCGGAUCAGAAAUGUACGGCGUGCGCCCAAGGCAGGAACACGUUCGAGCAUUGUCGGAUCGUUUUCGUGGACAACGAGGCUCAAUGGAUGUGGGCUUGUGCUUCCUGCGUCUUUUCGGGAACAGGCCAUAAAUGUUCAUUUCGUCCUGAUCAAUCUGGGAAUGUGCCCUCGUGGGUUAUCGCGGCCGUGGCUGAACGUGAGCCCUCGAGUCCAUUGCUUCAAACAGACUAUGCCGGGAACGAUGAAGCUGCCACCAGCAAGCCUGCAAAUUCAACUACUAGUCGGAAGCGCCCUGCGGCUGUGGCCAAGUUGAACCCCGAACAAAUUGACCAAGCGCCCGAGCUCGCAGCACACGAAUACACACCCUCGAGAAAUGAACUGCCGUCCUCAACAAUUCUACCUGCCAAAAAAACUACACGCGUGCGCGGAACCCCCGUCUUGAAGAGGACACCCGCCACUCAGAAAGUUGCAGACAAAGAGCAACCUGCCAAGCGCCGCAAGUCAGAGGCUGGUCCCGCAAAGGCCAGUGAGGGUGCUACUAAGGAUGAACCUAAGCGCCGCAAAUCAGAGAUUGCCCCUGCAAAGACCAGUGAGGGUGCCAGUAAGGAUGCACCUCCAAAGCUCAAGAACGGAGGGCUCCCAUUCAACGCGACUUGGUACCACUCGCCCCUUGAAGAUCCGAAAGUGUAUCGCAUGAAGGAUAAAGACUAUGCCCUUGAUACCUACAACGACCUUGCAGAUCUCAUCGCGCGCGUCACGGAGGAUCACGGUCGUAUGAAGGCAGCGCUUCUCAAGAAAGGAUUCUUGCUGGAGUCGGAUGAGGAGUCAGAAGAGGAGAACGUGUUUGCUGUGGAUUGA